UCAAUUGAUGUCAAUUUAAUUUGGUGCGUGCGUGCGGCAAAAGUAUUAAAAUUUUAAUUAUAAAAAGUAAUGAAAAGUUGGUAGGUGGGCCGUUAUAUCCCAGAUCUAGCCAUAAACAUUGUAGGAACAGCCACGGUGCGGUGAUUACCGGCACGGAGGUAUCUGACGUUUACGGACUCGGAAGAUGAUGGCGAAAAUCACGACAAGGAACUCCACAGGCGAACCGGAGCGCACACCGGGAGCGUCGGACGGCGGCACGGCGGAAGGCGGCUUCCGGGUGCGCGUGAACCUGGAGCGGUUCUUCAGCGACGAGCGCGCGCGGGUGCUGCUGAGCGUGCGCGGCGCGCGGCGCGUGCGCUGGCUGGCGCGGCGCCUGCGCGCGCUGUUCCCGCUGCCGCGCCGCCUGGCGCUGCUGUCGCGCGGACACCUGCUGCCGCCCGACGAGCCGCUGGCGCUGCUGCAGCACGACGACCCCGUCGAGGUCAUUCUGGAAACUGCUGAAUCAAAUGAAGACACAACUUCAGCCCUCUAUGAAACUAUAAACAAUGGGGAAUUUGAAGCAUCUCCAGUUCAACCUGACCACAAAAAAAGAAAAAUACAGGAAGAUCUUAAUUUAGAUCACCAUUCAGCUGUAACAUGCGGCACGGACUCGCCAGAACCUGUGGCACCGGCCCCGGUGGCCUCCCCGGGGGCCACGAAGGACGCCCCGGCGCCGGUCCCGGUGCCCCCCUGGGGGCCCAACGGGCUGUGCGAGCGAACCGCCGCGCCGCUCGUGUCGCGCGUCGUCGCCUGCUCUGAAUCCGAUGAGAGUUUAUCUCAAUCGCAGGAGAAUCGUGAGCCCACCCAGGACAUAACAUCGGAUACCGAACGAUUGAAAACGUUAAAGGUGCAAGCCCUGGCCAUUCUCGACGAAAUCUCGUCGCGGCCGCGCAAGAGACCACGCGUCCGCCGUCGCCGGAGACGCCCCGCGCCGCCCUCUCCGAUCGUCAACGUCGAGGUUGAUAUCCUCGCAGCGGCCGCCGAGUCGCCGCCUGCAGUGGACGCGGCGGGCGCGGGGGGCGCGGCGGGCGCGGGGGACGCGGCGGGCGAGCUCGUGCUGCGCAACCCCUGCGCCGCGCCGCGCUCGCCGCGCCUGGUGCGCUCGCUGCUCGACGCUGCAUCUGAGUGA